AUGGACGCUGGUGAAUAUGAGACAAACACUCUGUUGAUCAGCAACCUUUCCGCCAUUUCUUUCCGUAUAUUUGAGCCCAUUGCCUCCCAGUCAUCAGCCUACACCUUCAACGCUUCCGAUGUCGAGGACGCCCUGCGCAGCGAUGGCCACCUCGUCUACAUGGACGCCGUCCGCCGGGGUAUAUGGUGCUUCUACCUCUCAACAGGCGACGCACCCAUCGCCACGCAAUCCGAACGGCUCGGUCUCCACAAGAGGAUUGAGGUGUGCGGUUAUCCCAUGGGUCUUGUUGGGGAGGGGAACUUGGAACCCAUCGGGCUCCUGAAGAACAGGCCGCUUGGGACGAAUGCCAUUACCACGCCAAGCAGCUCGUCAUCCACUGUCUCUGCCAUAGACACGAACAUGAAGGGCCCUCAGCCCUUCAGCCUACCUCCUACGCCUGUGAUUAUGGAGGGUAAGGUUGCGUCAACUCCGGUUGGGGAUGCCAAGGGAUACGCUUCCGUUCCGGCGCGCGAGAUACAUGACUUCUUCAUCACGGCUGUGCUGGAAUCCUUGACAACAUACUUCUGCCGUGCGAUCGGAGCCGUCUUGCUGAACCGCCGCUCUGUCUUGUUACCUCCCCAGGCAUUCGACGCUGACGACGCCGACUGGAGCCAAACACCGCGGAGCUCAGCGCUCCUUACGUUCCGCACCUACUUGACCACGACGGGUUCGCUUGUCAUCUCGCUGCAUGUGUCGGUCCUCCGAGGGUUGGUGUCUUCUGCCGACGUUUUGCGCUCGAGCUUGCUGCAUGCCGGUCCUACUGUCCUCGCUGCGCCCUUUGGGACAUUCGGGACUCUGCAGGGCGUCGUCGACACCGAGGCGCAGGCCGUCGAUGGCGGAUUUGGCCAUUCACCCGACACGCAGGUCAGACGGUGGAGGCCGGACCACGGCGAUAGGUUUCUGCAAUGGAAAACAACCUGCUGCAAACUGCUCCAGAUGCGUGGUAUGUCGCCGUCCUUGCUGGACGGCUGUUCUUGGCUGAACAUACACUUCUUCCAAAGGAAGCCAUACGAGCCGAGCGCAGACGGGAAACGAACCCCUCUUGUUGGCUCAGGCCCAACCGCGCCAUGGCCGGCCGUUCUCUGCUUUCGAAAACCCAAGAUCGAAACCAUGCUGGAUACGUCCUUUGACAGGGCCCUGUCAGGAACGACCGCCGGCUAUCUGGACCCCUUGAACAAAGCAAAGAUGUGGUGCCAGGGGGUUUCCGACCGGGAAGACGCUGUCAGCCGGAGGAAGAGGGAACGGGAUGCUGCUUCAGCACGCGAGCAUGCUAACUCUGAUGCAAGAAAUCAUCCGCAGGGCAACGGCUACUCCCCCAUGGCCGUCUGGCGUGGUUCGACCAACAGCGGACCGGCGCCGGCAUCGGGGACCAUGUACCCAACGCCACCAGAUGGAGUGCAGCCGCCAGCGGUUACGCCCUCGUUUGAUGGCGGUCCUGUCCAGAGCCCAGUUGGCCAGCCAUCGACGAGCGCUGCCGGAAAUGGCCAGACGGCAAUGCAGCAGGGUGGCCCAGUUCCGGAUAGCUUCAAUGGGGAAUGGGACGGCACCGAACCCAGGCCGGAGCAGACAACGGCCGCCUUCACCGAGGUCAACGUGUUUGGCGAUCUGGGCGAGGAUAUGUUUGAAGAUAACGGAAUCACGGACGCCGACUUCAACUUCUUUGACGAGCCGCCGGGCGCCGGCGACUUGGAUCUGUCGGCAUUUCCGGAGACGGGGUCUUCCAUUUUGGGAAUGCAAGAGAAUGCGAAUCAUCAGUUUGAACCUUCAGCCCAAGCUGCGCCUGGCACCGAGAACGACGGGGGGAUACCUCUGGCCCCCUCUCCGCAGUUCACCAAGCCCGAGUUGAGACACGCUCGCAGCACGAUGGCCGAGGAGAGUCGGCAACAGAUCAAUAUGGAGAGCUUUAAUUGUAAUUCCGCCAUUGGGGUCAAGAGGAACCCAAGCCCGUUCAAUUCUGAGACCGUUUUUAAGCGAAUACGGGCUUCGAUACGCACACCGUCAUUAACAAUAUCCACCCAGCGAGGUCGGCGCCGGCGCAGCAGUUUGUUCAAGAAGGUCGAUUUUGAUCCAGCCUUGCCGCCUACUGGCAAGAAAUAUGAAGAGCAAGGCCCGUUCGGCUACAGGUUGUCGGCCAUGAAAGUGAAGGACAACCAGGCGCUCCAAAGUGGAGGACCUCUAAAUACUGGUAGGCUCCCUGGCUCUGCGAGGCAGCGAAGAAACCUCAAGGAACUGCCAUCCGAUAUCAGCACGAUCCUAGCCAGGCUGGCGGGCGGCAAUGCCAACAGCCAAAAGCAGCCCGACGACAUCCGCUCAGAGUCAGAGGAUAGCAGCUGGGCUUCGUCAGAUGAAGACGCGAGCGACCCUAUGGUUCGGGCCUCCUCGCCAGCCAAGUCGAGCGUGCUCCGAAGGCGCGCGGAGGACGAUGUCAUCUCCAUGGCCGCCUCAUUCAGGGAAUUGGACAACACUUCGCUGGACUCUCCUGGCUACGGACCUGUCGAUUUGUCACGGCUAUCAAACUCGGAGAUCCCAGAAUUCUCCCUCUCGAGAUACUUUGCUGACCCAGAGCCGGUACCACUCCGGAUAUCUGUCUCGGACGAUGACUUCAUCACGGUUGCGCAAAUCCUCACAGAACAAGCAGCAGGCGGAUUUCUCAAGGUGGCUCCACAGCGUCCGAGUUCCGAGGUCCAGGAUGUGCGUCGGAGCCUGGUGAAGGCCAUCCGCUACUCGGUGCGAGGUCUGCAGAGGUCUUUGCCACGAGCCUUGGCCGGGGCGGCUGGAUGUCAGCUUCGGCCCUUCACAGAGGUUCAGGACGUUCCAUUGCUUGUUCAGCCGAACAGCCGUGUGCAUGUGAGGCCUGCUGACUUUCCCAAACCCAGCAUAUUCCUGAUCCCUGCACCACAUGUCGAGCUCCGGCGGUACGAGAACCAGCUCUCAGUGCUGCCGUCUGCCGUCUCUUUCUGGGACUCGUUGGGUCUUAGCCCCGUACAGGGGCCGAAGAGCGUCGUUGCCGUAUGCAUCUUGCCCGAGUCUGAAGGCAUGCGGGACAAUGCAUCAGCCUUCCUCGACAGGGUUCAGAGCACGUACGAGGCUCUAAGGUUGGGCGCCUUUGAGAGGCUUCCGACGGUUGGCAGCGUUGUGGACGGCGUGGUUCUGUUACCAACUGAUCAAGAUGUCGCCUCGCCCGGCCUCAAUCUACCUCGGGCUCGGUCCGCAUACAGCGAUCAAAUGGCGAAUCUUGGCAUUUUCCUUGCCGGCUUGUCCCUGUCUGAGAAGAACUUUGUGGUGUACUUUGCAUACACUCCAGAGAACCCCAGUUCAGUGGUGGACUCUUGCUCUGCAUUCCAUGAGCUCUUUGAGCGCUACAAGCGCUGCAUGAUGGACAGGAAGAAGCACAUUUUUAAUGAGUUGGUGCUCCAGCUCGUACCGCUCGAUGCUGUUGCUUCAGAGACAUCGCUUGUGGUGAUGUCUCCGUCCGAGUGCGCCAGGCUUUGCUUGGAAACAUACGAUAGAUGCACGCUCUUCGGGGGAGCCAUGCCAUCGCCCGCAAUCAUGCUUGAGCGGGCGCUUCCCAGAGGGAUCGACUUCAAGCUAGCCGCCACACCUUCCCCCAACCUCGUACGGGAGAACUCAUGCAUUCACGUGGCGUACGCGCGGAGCGUGGACGAGCGAUGGGUUACUGCCGCCUGGACUGACAACAGAGGCAGCACGCAGACGAUGGCUUCCUAUUGUCUCGGCAGACGGGGCAAGCCGCUGUCCAGAACGCUCGGGGAGGUUGUUCAGGAGGUCUGGGAGACUACGCAGGAGUUGAUCUCGGCAUGCAAAGUCCACUGGCGGGUGGUCAUCACCAAGUGCGGCCCGAUGGAGCAGCACGAAAUCGACCUCUGGACCGGCCUGGUCCAGGGCGAAACGAGGGCCACCGUCAGCCUGGUUCUCCUCACAGUCGAUACUGACCCCUCGCUGCAGCUCAUCCCACCUCCCGCCACCAUCCCCAGUUCCGCGCCCUCAAUGUUCUAUACAACCCCCGUUUCCACCCCACAGCCGAUCUCCGUAGUCUCACCAGACCAAUCCGGCAACAACGCCUCCACGCCCCUAGGCACCACGACCACCACUCCCGCCGGUGGCGGCGACUCAUCCGCACAGCAAUACCUACAACAACAACAAGCACCGGCCGACGCAGACGGCGACGGCGCAACGCUCGUCGACGUAACCGAAACGACGUGGGGCGUGGUGGUGUCGCAUCGACUCAACAAUUCGCUGUCGCUGACGGAUCUCAGUCCCGCGCUCGCGAGCGGGUACCUGGUCAAGCGGACAGGUCCCCGGCAAGAGGAUGCACCCGUCGCGAUGGAGGUCAAUGUCGUGUACAGCGACAAUGCCCGCGCCUUGUAUGACGUGCUGCUGCGAGAGAUGUUGACGUAUUUUCGAGGCUUGGGGACGCUGGCGCGGGCGAGAGGGGUGGUGGAGAGGGAUGUGGAUGUUAGGCCGUGGCAUGUGGCUGUUGUGGAGAAGGCGGUGAAGGCGUUGUAUCUUUUGAUGUGA